AUGUCAACCGCACCAGUAUCCUUGCCCGAAGCCUCAAACAUCUCAACCUUCAAAGCUAACCAUAUAACCGUCCACUUUCCCAACCCCUACCCCAAGAUCCUCAACCGUUUCCGUGCCCUCGUACCCGCACUCCAACCCCCGGGCAUCCUCCGCACCCAACCCAAUGCCGAGGCAAUAAUCAACUUGAUUAAGUCCACGAACACGCCAUCCGACUUCGUAUGCUUUGCUGAGUUCGAUCACGGGUCGUGGCUACACCACUUCCUACCACCCUCCGGGGAAUCGGAGUCUGAAUCAGGAAUAGGUCGACGUGUCCAUCGCUUCCUCUUUGGCAACCCGCUCCUGGCUGCGGCGAUGAUCAAAGAGAGUAUAUAUGCAGGCACGCAUGUACCCCUAGAUUGUGGGUUCGUGGAGGAAGAGGAUGGGAGUGCAACGAUGGUGAUGGUGUUGCCGUUGGCGGGGUUGGCGGGGAUUUAUGCGGGUGAUGCAAGCGGGAAGGUAGAUGUGGAGAGAAAGGAAAGGUUGGAUAGAGCAGUUGGGGAGGUAGAGGGGAAGGUUUGGGGGUUGAUUAGUAUGUUGCAGGAGGAGAAUGAGUAG